AUGGGCGUGCAGAGCCAGCUUCGUUGUCUUAGUUUGGCUGCCGCACCUAUCCAGGCACGCCCACAGCUCCAGGAGCUUCAAAAACUGCGUCCGAUUACCCAAUCCAGCACGUUCGCAACCAAGGCUACCAAGGAGCCCAAGGAGCCCAAGGAGCCCAAGGCUAGAACCCCGAAAGCUGCCACGGCAAAAGGCGAGAACGCUCAGAAAGCCCAGAAGCCGAUCACAAAGACCCAAAAACUCAUCCAAGCACGCCAACAUAUGAAGGAUCUGAAGGCCACUGCCUUGCAGCCACCCGCGCGACUUCCCUCGACCGCCCGGCACCUCUGUCUGUCAUCGAUAAUGAAUGAGCUCAACAAGGCCUCCGGAUCUCGUUCUGAGCGCUUGAAGGCCGCCCACGUAAAGUACAGUGAGCUGACCAGCUCUGAGCUGGAGCAAUACAAAGCCCAAGCUGCCGAGAAUAAGAUUGCCUCUGAGGCCGCCUAUCAAUCGUUCAUCGAGUCACACACCCCUCAACAGAUCCUUGAAGCCAACAAAGCCCGCUCAGAGCUCAGCAACCUAACCAAGGGCAACUGGCAACCUCUCAAAGACCACCGCAGACCCAAAGCACCCGUGUCUCCCUUCUUCAUUUACUUCGCCGAGCAACGAGCUUCUGCCGGGCCCGCAGCUGGAACCACUCAAGCGGACUUCGCAAAGGCCGUUGCCGCGGAGUACAAAUCCCUUCCAGCUUGGAAGAAAGAGGUAGGACCCCCAAGGGAUACGUGA